AUGGCUUUCUUCUUGCUACUCCCGCCGCCUCUAUUCUCCUGUCACCGUCACCGCCGCGAAGAAACUCUCCCACAACAUCAGUUCUGAAUUCGAUGACAGAAUCAACGGCGCUCUCUCUCCCGACGCUGAUUCCCGCUUCCUCGACCGUCAAAAGGCUUUAGAGGCAGCUAUGAAUGACAUUAACAGUUCAUUUGGUAAAGGAAGUGUAACAAGAUUGGGGAGUGCUGGUGGAGCACUAGUGGAGACUUUUUCGAGUGGUAUUCUGACUCUUGAUCUUGCUUUAGGUGGAGGCCUGCCAAAGGGUCGGGUAGUCGAAAUAUAUGGACCAGAAAGUAGUGGGAAGACCACGCUAGCACUCCAUGCUAUUGCUGAAGUGCAGAAGCUUGGAGGCAAUGCAAUGCUUGUUGAUGCAGAGCAUGCCUUUGAUCCAGCGUACUCUAAAGCAUUAGGUGUUGAUGUAGAAAAUUUGAUAGUGUGCCAGCCAGAUAAUGGCGAGAUGGCUUUAGAAACUGCAGACCGUAUGUGUCGCUCAGGUGCGGUUGACCUUAUAUGUGUUGAUUCUGUUUCAGCACUCACUCCACGAGCUGAGAUUGAAGGUGAGAUUGGAAUGCAGCAAAUGGGUUUGCAAGCUCGUCUUAUGAGUCAAGCUCUUCGUAAAAUGUCAGGAAACGCCUCUAAAGCUGGUUGUACACUAAUUUUCCUUAACCAAAUAAGAUACAAGAUUGGUGUGUACUAUGGAAAUCCAGAGGUGACCAGCGGAGGUAUUGCGUUGAAGUUCUUCGCGUCAGUCCGGCUAGAAAUUCGUUCUGCUGGGAAGAUCAAAUCUAGCAAAGGGGAUGAAGAUAUAGGUCUUCGAGCUCGUGUAAGAGUACAGAAGAGCAAGGUUUCAAGACCAUAUAAGCAAGCAGAGUUCGAGAUUAUGUUCGGGGAAGGAGUCAGUAAACUGGGAUGCAUUCUUGAUUGUGCUGAAAUUAUGGAGGUUGUGGUUAAGAAGGGUUCUUGGUACAGCUACGAAGACCAAAGGCUCGGGCAAGGAAGAGAGAAAGCACUGCAGCACUUAAGGGAAAACCCUGCUCUUCAAGACGAAAUUGAGAAGAAAGUGAGAUUGUUGAUGUUAGAUGGAGAAGUUCAUCGAUCAACUCCUUUGAUGAGCAGCAGCUCUUCCUCAGCUUCGCAUCGUGAAGAAGAAGAAGAGGACUCGCUUGACGAUUUCCAAUGACGUAAAACUUAAGCGUGAGACAUUCAAAUCUAUGGAUCUACAACACUUGAUAUUCUCUCAUCAUGUUCAUCUCUUGUUUCAAGUUUCAUCAAUAAAAAAAACAUCAUAUG